AUGCCGUUAACGGCUAGGCAAAGGAGUAUUCAUAAUAAAAAUGGAACAAAAAGAUCUUCUAGCUUUAAUAAGGGCAAGAAAAGUCGUAAAACUAGCGAAAGCGAAUUUCUUAUGACUAAUGCACCGUCAGACUUACGGAGUAUAGCAUAUCCUGGUGGUGCAGCAGCUUUAGUGCUAUUAUUAAUUUCUCGUCUCACAUCUGCUUACUGGGGGCAAAUAUCUGACUGUGAUGAGACAUAUAAUUAUUGGGAGCCUUUGCAUUAUCUCGUUUAUGGGAGUGGUUUGCAAACAUGGGAGUACAGCCCUGCAUAUGCAAUACGCUCCUACAUGCCUCUGUGGCUCUUUGCUGUGCCUGCGAAGAUCCUGUCCUUUAUGAUGGCCCCAGUUAAUGUGUUCUAUACACUCAGAGCGAUCUUGGCAGCCCUAACAGCUUGUGCUGAACUAAUGUUCUAUAAAGCUGUGUGCCAUGAAUUUGGUGUUCAUGUGGGCCGUGUGUGGCUCUUCCUCACAUUGCCAUCAGCUGGCAUGUUUGCCAGCAGUGCUGCCAUGCUUCCGUCUGCUUGGAGCUCUGCAUUGGUGACGGCUGCUUUGGCUUGCUGGUGGCGACGACGUUAUCCAUUCGCUGUACUCCUAACAGCUGCAACAACCCUACUUAGUUGGCCUUUCACUGCGAUCCUUGGCCUGCCGAUAGCAAUAGACAUGCUGAUGUAUAAAAAGCUCUACGUAGAGUUCUUUAAAUGGUCAGCAGUAUCCCUUAUUGUGAUAUUGCUGCCAACUGUACUGGUCGACUCUUGGCACUACGGGCGCUUAGUCGUAGCGCCUUGGAACAUCGUCGCCUACAACAUAUUCACAGAACACGGCCCAGACCUCUACGGCGUAGAGCCUUGGACCUAUUACUUUGUGAACGGAUUCUUGAACUUCAACGUAGUUUGGGUGCUGGCACUGUCCGCUCCGCUGGCUCUGGCCGCUUGCAUGGUGGCGGCGCCGCGCUCCACCGGCCGAGCCAGCUUCUGCGCGCCCUACUGGCUCGCGCUUAUGCCGCUGGCUCUCUGGCUCGCCGUCUUCCUCGCGCAGCCGCACAAGGAGGAGAGGUUCCUGUACCCUGUGUACAGCAUGAUAGUACUCGCCGGGGCGAUAUCUCUCGACUGCGUCCAGAAGUUGACCUAUGCCGUCGGCACAGAGGUUUUCGGAUGGCGGAAGGAAAGAGAGAAGCGGCAUUACUUGGCGUACACGGGCCCCCUGAUGAUUGCAUGCGUUCUUCUAGCCGGCCUGGGUGGCAUAUCGCGCAUAAUCGCCCUGCACCACCACUACCACGCCCCGAUGACCAUACUGAGCCACUUGCCGCCGACCGGUGGCGGAUCGAAGAACGUCUGCUUCGGGAAGGACUGGUACAGGUCGCCGUCCAGUUUCCAUCUAAAGGACGGCUAUAGGAUACGCUUCGUGGCGAGCGAGUUCGCCGGCCAGAUGCCUGCACCUUACUCGGAAACUAGUAAUGCGACGCGCAUCGUGCACUCUCACUUCAACGGCCUGAACCGCGGCGACGACAGCACCUACCUGCGGCCCUCGCAGUGCCACUACCUGGUGCAUUCCGAGGGCGUGGCAACGGCCCGCCAGCCGGCCUACCACCUCUGGCCCGAGUGGCAGACCGUGGCAGCGUACCCACUCCUCGACGCGGCCCGUUCGCCGCCACUCAGACGCGCCUUCUACGCCCCGGGCCUGUCCGGCCUCGUGUACACUAAGCUGCACCUGCUGAGGAACGUCAUAUACGUCGUU